CAAUAAUUGAGUGAUUAAUAUUUUUUAUUAUCAACCUAAACAAAUAACGCAAAACCAUUUGACUAAAUAAACACCUUUCUUAUUUAAAUAUUGAAUUGUGUAAUGAUAAUUCUAUCUAUUUUUUAAAGUAAUACGUGUCCUAAUCUAAUUACGAAUUUAAAACCAUGGAUUCAUUAACUGCAAAAGUCAACGCAGAGAGACGAAAAAGGGUUUAUGUUGGCGAUUUACCCAAUGAUUUUUUACGACUUGAUAUGGUUCCAUUAGCUGACUCUACAACUAGAUUGCAACAAGAAGCUGCAGACCAACAAGCAGCAAUGGCUCUUCAACAGAAUCUAUCAUAUGUACAAGGAGAUCGAGAUAGAAAUAGAUUAAAUAUUACAAUUGUUCAAGCACGACUUGUCAAAAACUAUGGUUUAACUAGAAUGGAUCCAUAUGUACGACUCAGAGUUGGGCAUUGCGUAUAUGAAACACAAACGGACCCUAAUGGUGGUAAAACACCUAAAUGGCAUAAAAUUAUUCAAACGCUUCCACAAGAAGGUGUUAAUCAAAUUCACAUAGAAGUAUUUGAUGAAUGUUCAUUCAAAAUGGAUGAACUCAUUGCAUGGACAACAAUACCAAUUCCUAUUCAAAUUUAUAAAGGAGUUACUAUUGAACAGUGGUAUGAUCUAACUGGUAAACAAGGACCCAAUAAUGAAGGAACUAUAAAUUUAAUUUUUAGCUUUGGAACUCCACCAAAUUUGGUAUUACCAAAUUCACUUACGAUGUUACCACAGAUGCCUAAGUUCAUGGGUUCAAAUGCCAAUUUAACUCCUAUUUACAUUCAACCUACUGCACCACAAGUGCCGCAAGUUUUUAGUUCUGAUGACUUGAAACAAAUUCAAGAUAUGUUUCCAAAUAUGGAUAAAGAAACAGUGAGAACUGUUUUUGAAGCCAAUAACGGUAACAAAGAUCUUACUGUUAAUUCAUUACUCCAGAUGGUUGACUAAAUUUUAAUUAAACUGCUUAGUCAACCUUAUAACUAUUAUUAUGUUUGUGCCAUUCAAUAUCAACAUUCUCAAAAGAUACCAGAUAAUUAUCUAUUAUAUUAUAGUUACUAUAAUAUAUUCACUCGUGUUUAUGAUUAUUCUUUUAAUUAAAUGCAAAUAACUUAA